AUGUCAGUUCCUUCUGUGGCCAUUUUUGGACCACAUGGUUUUAUUGGCAAGGAGAUUGUCCCAACGUUUGUGGAGGCACUAAGUAAGAAGGAAAUAUCAUCCUUAAAACUAUUAACACGAAAUCCCACAUCAUCUGUAUAUAAUACUGCACGCAGCCGAGGAGCCAGUAUUUGUCCUGUUGCUUUUAGUGACAGACCUGCUCUACGCCGUCUACUAGAAGGGGUUGAUGUUGUUAUCUCAUGCAUGGGAACGUCUGGUAACUACAAGGAAAACAAAAAGGAGCUGGUUGAUGCUUGUGCUGAAGCCAAGGUCAAGAUUUAUUUACCCUCCGAAUGGGGUACUGACCAUCGUCAAACCCAUUACCACCACCCGAUGUUUACCAGCAAGCAGGAACACCAUUCUUAUGCUGAAAAGCUUGGUCUAAAAACCAUUGCUCUCUAUACAGGUCUAAUCAUGGAGACCUCGUUUUGCAAAUGGCUUGGGUUUGACACGAAAGAUCGCACGUGGAAUAUUGUGGAAUCAGGAAACAGGCUAGUUGCGAUGACAUCACAAAAAGAUUUAGGUCCUGCCACGCUUCGAACCAUACUGCUUGCCUACUCAACACCAGAAAAAUGCCCAUCUCACAUUAGGAUCUACUCUGACAAUCGAUCUAUCAGAGACUACCAGGCAAUUUUCGAAUCGGAGAGUAAAGAGAAAUUAAAGCUAAAUUGUAUUUCCCUCCGGGAUGCAGAAACAGACUAUGAGCGGAUAAAAGCUUCCAUUCCUCCUAAUAAGCUUGGGCCUUUAAUAAAUCUGUUGUUUGCCGACGGGACUUUCGAUCACACGUCCAAUGAACGGGAGAUUAUUAACCCAGGACAGCAUUAUUUUCAAUGGAGAUCCGUGGAUAAUUAUGCAAAGGAGGUCAAUGGGUUGCCGUGGGAGAAUGAAUCGCCAUGGUGA